AUGUGGAAGCCAGCGUCGAACCAACCGGUAAGUGUAGUUUGUGUUUACAAACUGACGUCACCACCAAAAUCCACCACAUCAUGAACUAGUUCGAGUUUCCCAGAAAAGAAAAACGCAUGAAAAGGCAGAAAAAAGCAAGUGAGCAAACAAGCGCUCGACGCUCGCGGUUACGUUUUGAUUACUCAUCAGUCAACUGACCUGUCCACCAUUAUCCUUCUCCCAAGUGUGAGGAAGGGCAAUGUCUGUCGGGUUGUGCGGGGUGAGUUAGUGAGAGCGUCCCGAUGAGUGCAAUGUGAGUGAAAGUGAGAAUGAGAGUGUGCAUACGCAUCCCUUCCUCUACCACGUGGCGUCCGGGCCUUCAUUCAUUCACUCUUCCUUUCCUCUUCCUGUUGCCCCCCUCCUCUUCCUCCCUAAGUUUUUUGCCGGAAAACGAGUGUGACAAACAAAUCAGACAAAAUUUUGUCUCGUCCAAUCUCACCAAACCGUCUUCCCAACACAAAAACGAAACAACGGACGCUGGAUUGAUAAGAGAACUAUUUUUGUCCCGCAACGAAACAGUUUCGCUGCGCUUUUCUAUUUCUUUCUCUUUGCCUUUUUCCUUUGUCUCAAUCUCAGUUUGAGUCACCCCAGUUCUCUAUCUUCUUCUCGCACUGCAAUUUUGUCCAUUUCAAGCGCAUGUGUACGAGCGGGAACGCGAAAAAAUUGCGCGCAAAGCAGACGACACUAUAAUGCAAGUGCGCCCUACCGCACACGCCCGCCCUCUCUCUCAUACCCGCACUCUCUCGCCAGUCUCUCGCCGAACAUACGUUCCGCGUGCGGUCUUCUCGCAUUUUCUGUCAUUUUCAGGGUUUAGCUUGUUAAUUUCUGUGUUUUCAGGCAAGAAACCGCAUAAUGGAUCACUCAAAGCGCACCAUCGGAAAGGGAGAGGCCCUUCAAAUCGAUCCGGCGCUCAGAGGUCAGAAAAAUCGUUUGUUGCUGUCAAAAAUUAAAAUUUUCAGGCGAAACGUCGUUCUCCGUCUACCGCAGCCAUUCCAGUGGACACGAGCCGUUCGCUCCGAGGUAAACACGUAUCGAUUUCAGCGAAAAUUCAAAGUUCUUGCAUUAUUUCAGCCCCGGCUCAUCGAUCGGCGCUAGUGUGUCCAUGUUCUCGUCGCGAAACUCAGAGGCCGAGGUCGGCGAUUCGGAAGAGCUCGACGGCGUCCGCACGAUCAUGAUGCACAUCGGCGUCGGGGACAUGGUGGCGGACAAGGAGAUCCAGACGCGCUACCCCGAAUUCUAUCAGUUCCUGUUGACCGAGCAGCCGACGUGGUUCGAACCGGCUCCGUACAAUGGGACUGUCUACCGGGUCCAUCAGACGACGGCCCCACCCGAGAACCAGAGAAAACUGCGCAAGGAGCUGUCGUACGAGAUGUUGGAUCUGAUGUACCGCUUCUAUCGCCAGAAGGUGAGCGCAAUCAAAAGCCACGUGACAUUUCAGCUAAUCGCGGUUGAUUUGCACUCUUCCGAUGUGUUGUCAUCGUAAUAAGCCUAGUUCCAUUUUCGAUCGCAUUACCGAUUCAUGUGAUCUGCUAUCCAUGACAGACCACAAGGACGUGGCAGGUGUAAGGUGUAAGAUGGCAUUUGCCAAACAGGAUUGUCCUUGUACCGUCCCCGUCCGUCACUCACAUGGGUUUCACGUGCUAAGCUUCACUUGAAAGCGGAAAACAAGGAUCAAGACAAGUAAUUUGAUUUCCGUUUCAGCAUGUUAAUGCUCAACGCAAACGGGAGAACAAGGAGCUGGUGGAGGCGAAUCAGCAACUCCGCGUCGCCGCCGUUCAGAUGUUCACCAAGGCCGAGCAGGAAGAGGAGUACAUCUCGAAUUCGCUUCUCAAGAAAAUUCAGCAGUUGAAUCAGGACAAAGACUAUCUUGUCAAGAAAUAUCAGAAGGAUGAAGAGUCGCUGACCAAGUCGCUCAUGGCUAACGUCGCAAAGAUCCCGGACGUGCAUGCCGACGAGACGGAGAAGCUGAUGGCGGACAAGCAGGCAGAGAUCGAGUCUCUCCGUGCUUACUGCAGUCGUGCUGAGAAGAACUACCAGGAGGAGCUGAUGCGUCUGCGCGCGGAGAAGGUCGACCACGAGUCGGCUCUCGAGCAGGAACAGGAACUGCUCAUCAACACGCUCGGAAAGCGCAUGAGCCAGAUGAACGAGGAGAAGCGCAAGAUGCAGCAGGUGCUCGAGAAGGCCUACGUCAACGGAUUUGUCGACUACGACGAGACCGUCGCCGUUGCUCUUCAUGCGUCGGCAGCUCGUGAGCUGUGAGUGUACAACGAUGCAUUUCAAUCAAUAAUCAAACUUUUAUUUCAGUGGUACUUCGUCGUCUUCCCAGCCGCUGUUGAGAGGAGUUCUGGAUGCUUCGAUCACUGCUGCUCCGGCUCGUCAACAGGCGCAUGAUGUCGGAGCGCUGCUCGUCCAAAACCAGAAGCUGCGCGGACAGGCCAAUCAGGCAAAUCGAAACAAUGAAGCGACUCAGAAUGAGAUCAAGAAAUGUUAGUAGCAAAAUAACAAAGCGAAAUGAAACCCCUUCUCUUUUUAGUGAACCAGCGCAUGUCGAAGAUGGAGGCCAUCAUGGACGCGAUCCGUACCGACGCGCUUCGUGGCGACGGAACUCUGGCUUGGCGCUUGGCUGCUCUCAGCCAGGAGCACGAUUCGGAGGAGAUUCCGCCGAAAGGAGGACACGGUGCGGAGAGACGUGCUCACGGAGCCUCGCCGCCGACCAACGUCGUCAUCGGACAGCCGAGCAGCAGCCGUAGCACCACUGAGAUUGCGACUCCGCAGGCCGUGGUGGCUCCGAUCUUGGCGACCGUCUUCCCGACUCAGCGCACGACUCCGUCUCGCCCGGAUAGACCGGAUCAACAGAAUUAA